AUCCUAGGGCAUUUGUAUCUAAUGACAUAUGUACUUGUGUGAUUUUAUAAUUUUUUUUUACAAUGUCAAUAAUUAAAGUCUUGUUUUAAACUCACUUACUCAACAUAAUGAAAGCAGUUUUCCUCACAAAUUUCUCUAGUGAGUCACCGGGAAACCAGUGCUUGUGAUAAAUAGAAAACCCGCCUCAUCUCAUUUUCCAUCCAGUCUCCUUUUUAACCAUUUAUACACACACAUACACGCUCAGUGUAGCUCACUGCACCCUCUUUUCCCUCCCUUUUCUUCUCCCUCUUUCUCCUAGCUCACUUCUUUGUCAAACACGCCAUUCACCAAACACAAACACUUUCUCCAUUUCCUCUUCCUACCGUUAUCAAUGAACCAAUAGUCACUUACACACACACAGAGAUUGAGAGAGUGAGAGAGAGAGAGAAUCAGUUUCUCUCUAUGGCGUACAACCACCACCACCACCUCUCUCAAGACCUCCCAAUUCACCAUUUCUCAGACCAACAACAACAGGACCACCAUAACCACCACCCUCUAUUGGAUGACCCCACCACCAAACCUAACUCCUCCGAUCCUCACCAAACCGCACCCAAUUGGCUCAACAACGCCCUUCUCCGCCCUCACUACACCACCACCACCACCACCACCACCAACGCCAACACGAACUUCCUCAACCUCCAAACCGCCAAUUCCGACUCCACCGCCGCCCAAUCCUCCUCCCAGUGGCUCGCCCGCCCUGUUCUACACGGCAAGGUUAUCGACGGCGGCGCUGAUAUGUCUCACGACUCUACCGGCGGCGAGAAGACCGAGCCGGUGACUGAGGGCGGAGCUGACGGUGGUUUGAUGAGCUGGCAGAAUGCUAAGUGCAAGGCGGAGAUUCUGUCGCACCCGCUGUACGAACAGCUGCUUUCUGCACACGUGGCGUGCUUGCGGAUCGCCACGCCGGUGGACCAGUUGCCCAGGAUCGACGCUCAGCUGGCGCAGUCGCAGAAUGUGGUGGCCAAGUACUCCGCCUUUGGACACGGCUCUCAGGGUAUGCUUGGCGAGGAUAAGGAACUCGAUCACUUCCUGUCACACUAUGUUUUGUUGCUCUGUUCUUUCAAAGAACAACUUCAACAACAUGUCCGGGUCCAUGCAAUGGAAGCAGUGAUGGCUUGUUGGGAGAUUGAGCAGUCUUUACAAAGUCUGACAGGAGUUUCACCUGGGGAAGGUACAGGAGCAACAAUGUCUGAUGAUGAAGAUGACCAAGUAGACAGUGAUGCCAAUCUGUUUGAUGGUGGUUUGGACGGUCAUGACAAUAUGGGAUUUGGCCCUCUUGUUCCAACAGAGAAUGAGAGGUCCCUCAUGGAGCGUGUGAGACAGGAACUAAAGCAUGAAUUGAAACAUGGUUAUAAAUCGAAAAUUGUGGACAUAAGAGAGGAAAUCAUGCGCAAGAGACGAGCUGGGAAACUUCCUGGUGACACCACCUCUGUCCUUAAAGCCUGGUGGCAAUCACAUUCCAAGUGGCCUUACCCUACAGAGGAGGAUAAGGCAAGGUUGGUGCAGGAAACGGGUUUGCAGUUGAAGCAGAUCAAUAACUGGUUUAUCAAUCAAAGGAAGAGGAACUGGCAUAGCAAUGCUUCAACUUCUACUGCGUUGAAGAGCAAGCGCAAAAGGUCAUAAUAGUGCUGAUGGUUACAUAUAAAUGGAGAAAACCUCAAGACAAAUCUCUGAUUUUUUGUUGUCAUGCUUUGCAUGGAAGCAGAUUCAUCGAAAGUCAAUGAGCCAAAGUUACAGUUUUCUUAAGUUCAAGGAACAAGGUUAACAGAGAUGAUCGAGUUCCCACGGUGCAACAAAAUCAGAGAUUUCUAUUAGGAGUUAUAUACAGAAACAGAAUUGGUUAACUCCAUGGAUGUGUUUUAGUUACAUUGUAAUGUUAAAUGAAAUAUAUAUUGUAGUUAGGGGUUGUGGCCUGUGGGUGUACAGUAAUAAACUGAGCAUUCUUCCUUGAGUCUCAGUAAUUUUGUUCUUGUUCUUAAAUUGGGUAUAUUAACCUAAUGGGAAAAGUUCUGGUGUUUUGAUUGUUGUUGUAUACAAAUAAGAAUAUGAAGUUCAUUCUGGAGUAGAAACAA